GAUCAAGGUGAGAGAGGCGCCAGGGCGGGGGAAGGGGCAGGCAUCGCGACACAAGCUGCAGCCCGGCGGAGUAGAAGAAGGGGAGGGUCAAGGACCGGGAGGAAAGCAGUUGCGCCUGGGAUGAAACGCAGGGGUGUCUUUGCCUUGUUUUUCGCUCCACUCCUCUCCGUCUUUGACACACUCCUCCUCCCCCAAAUUGCUGGAGCCGCCUGGUUGGAGGCCUUGGAUUGGCAGGGGGAGGUUGGGUCCUCAGUGACUGACCUAUGGACAAGAGUCAGACAGUAGAGCGAGAAUUGGUGCCCAAGGGCGGUGGUGGGUGCGAGGGCUUCAUGUGUUAAACGUCUCAGUUCGUGAGAGCUUGUGAUGGAUCAAUAAUUUUUGCAAGCAUGCAAAAUAAAGUUUCUUGUAACCAACUUUUAAACAUUGCCUACGAUUGGUUGAGUUUUUAUUUGUAAAAAUUUGAGUAAAAGAUUUUAUUCCACUUUCAAGAGAUCAGCGUAUUCUUGAGAAGUAGGAGGUUGUGGAAAACGGAUCGUUUCUUAAAUAUUGUUAACAUCCUUUGCAAAUGAUGCAGUUUAUUUAGGUUGCUGUGCUCAUGUGAACCGACAAGCAAAUCAGGAGCUUCCAUGUCUUUUCUGGACUGUUCCUGCAUUUCACAGACAGAAAUAGAACCGAUUAAUGCUGGGGGACAGGUAGACGGAAAAAACCAUCCCCAACUGAAAAAUGGAUACUCCACUUCCCAAAGCUCCCUGCGAGAUGAAAUGACGAUCUAUGCAACCAAUGCCAGUCACUAUCAGCUUCUAUGUGAACUAGGGAAGAGUUUUAGUAAUUUAACCACAGUGAAUCUGGCCAAACACAUCCCGUCUGGAAACAUGGUGGUUGUCAAACGCACAAAUAUGGACACCUGUUCUGAAGAAAACCUGUCCUCCUUGCAGAACGAGCUGCUUAUCUGGCAGUUUCUCCGGCAUCCAAAUAUCCUGCCACAUCCAGCCGUCUUUGCUGAAGGUAGCGAACUAUGGGUCAUCCUGGCAUUCACAGCCUAUGGUUCUGCCAGCAGCCUGCUAAAGUUGUAUUUUACUGAAGGCAUGAGUGAAAGUUUAAUGGCACAUAUUUUUUAUGGAGUCCUGAAGGCAUUGGAUUAUAUUCACCAAAUGGGAUGCAUUCACAGGAGUGUUAAACCAAGCAAUAUACUGAUUACUGAGGAAGGACAUAUUUAUCUCUCUGGUCUGCAUGGUCUUUGCAGCAUGAUCAGUGAUGGGCAAAGACUAAGAGUUGUAUAUGAUUUUCCAGUGUGCAGUGCUUCUAUUCUGCCUUGGCUGAGCCCUGAAGUUCUACAACAGGACUUGCAUGGAUAUGAUGCGAAGUCUGACAUCUAUAGCCUUGGGAUUACAGCGUGCGAGUUAGCCAGAGGCCAGGUUCCUUUCCAGAAUACGCAGCCUACGCAGAUGCUACUCCAGAAGUUGAAGGGGUCAUUAUGUCUGCUAGACUUCAGUUUCCCACAAAAAGAACAAGUGAUAAAGAAUUCUCGCUCCGGGAUGGAUUCUGGAAUUGGGGAGAGUGUAGCCACUUACAGCAUGAUCAGGACAAACACAAGUGAACGAUCCCCAAGUUCAACAAAUAAAACUUUCUCUGCGGCUUUCCACAGCUUUGUGGAGCUCUGUCUGCAGAGGGAGCCUGGUAAUCGACCAUCAGCGAGGAUGUUGCUGUCCCAUCCCUUCUUUAAACAGGUAAAAAAGCAGACCAAGUCGUCCCUGAUAAAUCUGCUUCAACCAGCCGUGCCGCUUUCUGGCUCCCAGGCCACACUGGGGACUUCAGUGCUAAAAAGAGACAGCCCAAUCACUACCUUACAAGACCUAGACGGUGACUGGGAAUUUUAACUUUCGUCUUUUACAAAAUUUUCUCUUUUUAUGACAAACAAAAUGAGUUUGAAUCCAUUUCGGAUGUUGCCUGUUGAGAUGACUGAAGACAAGGAAAUAACCUGCUACAAUUAGGCAUUCAUUAUCGCUGCCUUUGUGCUGACUUGCCGUGACCGGUGCCGUAAAUCUGGAUUAGAGAUUUGUCCCGUUUAAUCCACAUUGAUCCUGCAUCCGGGCAUAAAAUGUACUUGCGUUUACAAAUGGUGCAUUUUCUAUUCCAGUAUUACAUUAUUAUUUUUAAGUAAUUUGGAACAUUAGAAUCUGUAGUUGCCCAAGAUACUGAAAAAAGCUGAAUGUACAAGCACAAAUAUAUUUUUGAACAUAUCUUUGUAUUUUCUUUAUAUAUAGCCAACCUUUAUUACAUCUAGUGGUUUGGUGGCGCAGUGAAGUCUGUGCGUCUUAGAAGGUUAAAAUGGGUUUGAAAUUCAAGAUCACCCUGUGGUUUGCAGUUAAUUCUGCUAUGGGAUGAUAUUGUGCUGAGAUAGAAGAUUGAGCAUCCGAUUAUUUGUGGGAAAUGCAACAAAAAAGGCCUUUGAUUGGAUUGAGUGGACAAAACUGAUUUGAUCAUCCUUUUAGAAUCUGAGGGAACACCACCAAAGAACAUUUUCUUAAUGACUUCGAUUUGGAUACGUUUAGUGAGAAAUAAAUUUGGGAAUCCAAAUUUUAAAAAAACAUUAAAAAUCAAUUGUAACAUUGGCCUUUAUUCUCAGAGUGCUGACGUACAAAAGUGUAGUUCGUAUGUACCAAAUUCUGAGGCUAUUUUUUACAGUACCGUUUGCUUUUGAGCACUAUAACUCAUCUUGGAAAAGGUUCAAUGUAGAUUCACUACAAUGUUACCAGAGCUAGAAAGUGUUAAACUAUGAGAACAAAUCUCAUAGACUCAGGUUGUAUUACCUAAACCAAUAAAGCUAUAUUAAAAAAAAAUAUGAUGGAUAUAGCACAUGUGCCUUUAUAGGUCCUGCUACUAUAUAUUUUUCUUUUGUAGCUGUCAAAGGAGCAGGACUUCAAUUUUCUUGGUAACAAAAAACAAUGAAAUGAUUUGCUCUAUAACAAAACAUUUAGAUUGUAAAUAUAUGAACUAUGCCACCCAAUGUCUCAAUUCACUUUAUAUUUAUGCUGCUGGGUUCACCUUUAAAAAUAAUACAUAUUGCAAAUUUUUCAAAUAGAAAAUUCAGUCUGCUUUAUAUGAAAAUAUCUGUUUCAUUUGUUCACUUAAAACAAAAUGUUUCCAAAUAAACUCCAUACUCCUGACUUAUUCAGGAGCCAUUGUAA